CAACAAGAAGUAAAGAAACAUUGGGGAGUGGUGGAGCAGAAUUAAUUCGAGGGGGAGUAUAUCACAGAUUUCCAUUUCUUCUUGGCUUCUGCUUCAAAAUUAGCUUUUCUGCAAUUUAUGGGCUCACUUUCUUCUUCUUUUUUGGCUUCGAACUAAUAUAAAUCUGUGUUAUGCUCUUGAAGGAACUGCAUAUUGAAGGGAAAAAAUGAGGCAAGAAGUGAGAUUCUUGAUUGGGAUAGUUGUGGCAUGUUGCUGGGUGGUUUUAGCCAGUGCAGAUAAGAUGCUCUACAAAAAUCCCACCAAGCCGUUGGGUCUGCGAAUCAAGGACCUGAUGAGAAGGAUGAGUUUGGAGGAAAAAAUUGGUCAAAUGGUUCAGAUUGAAAGGACAGUGGCAUCUCAUCAAGUCCUGAAGAAUUACUAUAUAGGUAGUGUGUUGAGUGGAGGAGGGAGUGCACCAAAGAAAAAGGCACCUGCACAGGCUUGGGUGGACAUGGUGAAUGAUUUACAAAACGGAUCGUUAUCGACUCGGCUUGGGAUUCCCAUGAUCUAUGGGAUUGAUGCAGUUCAUGGUCAAAAUACUGUCUACAAUGCUACCAUUUUCCCUCACAAUAUUGGCCUUGGAGCAACCAGGGAUCCUGAACUGGUAAGGAAGAUUGGAGCGGCAACUGCUCUUGAAGUAAGGGCUACAGGAAUUCAAUAUGUAUUUGCACCCUGCAUUGCGGUAUGCAGAGAUCCGAGAUGGGGUCGGUGCUAUGAGAGUUACAGUGAGGAUCCUGAGGUUGUCCGGGCUAUGACUGAGAUCAUUCAUGGACUGCAAGGGGAGACACCCCCUAAUUCUCUGGGUGUCCCAUAUGUUGCUGGAAAAGAGAAAGUUGCAGCUUGCGCGAAGCAUUUUGUGGGUGAUGGUGGCACUGUGAAGGGCAUAAAUGGGAACAACACGGCGAUAAGCAGGCAUGGCCUCCUCGGUACACAUAUGGCCGGCUACUAUAAUUCGAUCAUCAAAGGUGUGGCCACUGUCAUGGUGUCAUAUUCAAGCUGGAAUGGUGUGAAAAUGCAUGCUAACCAUGACAUGAUCACUGGCUUUCUUAAGGAAACAAUGCGUUUCAGAGGGUUUGUUAUAACAGACUAUAUGGCUAUCGAUAUGAUUACUCCUACGAUUCACGAGAACUACACAUACUCCAUUCUAAAGUCUGUCAAUGCUGGAAUUGAUAUGGUUAUGAUUCCAUUCAACUAUACAGAAUUCAUCAAUGGUCUAACAUUUCUGGUGAAGAACAACUUUAUCCCAAUAAGCCGGAUUGAUGAUGCAGUUGCGAGAAUUCUCAGAGUGAAGUUUGUAAUGGGUCUCUUUGAGAACCCUUUGGCUGAUUAUAGCAUGGUUAAUUAUCUUGGGUGUAAGGAGCAUAGAGAGCUGGCAAGGGAAGCAGUGAGGAAAUCUCUUGUUCUUCUGAAGAACGGUGAAAAUGGAGAAGAACCGGUUUUACCUCUUCCAAAGAAGACAUCAAGAAUUUUGGUUGCAGGAACUCACGCAGACAAUAUUGGCUAUCAAUGCGGUGGCUGGACAAUAGAAUGGCAAGGAGCUUCUGGCAACAUAACGGCAGGUACUACAAUACUCUCAGCUAUAAGAAACACCGUUGAUCCUAAAACCAAAGUAACUUUCAAGGAAAACCCUGAUGUUGAGUUUGUCAAGUCAAAAGACUUCUCACACGCCAUUGUUGUGGUGGGGGAGAAGCCCUACGCCGAGAGCUUAGGGGACAACCUAAACCUGACUAUCCCCCAUCCGGGACCCACCAUUCUCGAAAACGUGUGCGCACAUGUUAAGUGUGUUGUGGUUCUUAUCACUGGCCGACCGGUUGUGAUCCAGCCGUACCUCCCACAGAUUGAUGCCCUUGUAGCUGCUUGGCUCCCGGGGAGCGAAGGCCAAGGCGUCGCGGAUGUCCUUUUUGGUAAUUUUGGCUUCACGGGCAAGCUCCCACGGACAUGGUUCAAGACUGUUGAUCAGCUCCCCAUGAAUGUUGGGGAUUCACAUUAUGAUCCACUCUUCCCUUUUGGAUAUGGACUCAUGACAGAGCCUUUAAAAUAACUCUAAGGGCAUACACUUUUCAUUUACUUGCAGGGGAAAAAAAAGAAGAGAACUGGAACAGUAUUUACAGGCCUAUAUAUACUUUAAUUGUCCAUCAUUUCUUUUUCUGAUGUCAUAUUUGAAUGUUUUUUUGCCAAUGUGCAAUUGUAUGUUUAAAAAAAGCAAUUGUAGGUUUAAUUCAGAGUAAAUUACUCGAAUUGUCCACUAUAAUUGGGGGAUAUUCUACAAUUAG